AUGAUAAGUAAUUGCAGAUAAUAACUAGUUUUAAAUCUAACCUCCACGUGGCCCAGAAUUUUAAACCCAAACGAACAGGGAAUUCCCAUUUCGGUUCCCUUUACCCCUCCAUUUUUGCUAGAUUCAAAUAAAUUUUAAUCUAAUCUGUUUUAUGCUCACCACCCAUUUUCCACUAAAAAAUUAAGCCAAGCCCCCGGCAAGGUCGUCCGUUGAUCUUAUCAAGUAGUUCUAAAGCGUCGGAGGUUGUUGCACUGGCAUCAGUCGAUCUCAGUCGCUUCCAGUAAUCAGAUCAGACCAACCGGAAAUGGGAGAUACAAUUGCGGAAAAGUACAAUGCAGAGUCCUUCGAAUGCGUGCUGGCCUCAUUCUACGCCUGUGAAAAGCUCAGAGUAGAGGACUUUAACUUCCAAACGGUAGUCCCGAGUGGCGCAAACUUUUGCAGUGUCAUCCAUCGGGUGGCCUUGAAGUUUCGGAGGUCGCCCGAAGCAGAUUUAGAGUCGGGACACUAUAUCAUCAAGGACCUGAUGCCAGCGGCAGCUGAGCUUGGCUCCAGCGAGAAGCUGAUGUACGAAAAGGUGCUUCCUGCCAUGGUCAAGGUGCUCGAGAGGGCUCCUUCCGUGCUGGUCGAUCACAAACUGAGCGCAGAUUGCUUGCUGGCGAAGGUGUCACCGGGAAAGGAAACCUACAUUCUGGAGGAUCUGGGCGCACUGGGCUACGUCGCUUUGGAUCGUUUCCAGGGUCUAGGGCUUGAAGAUGCCAAGACAUGUUUGCGAAAAACGGCUCAGUUUCACGGUGCCUCCAUGAUCCUUCGGCAAGAACAGCUCUCCUUGGUGGAGCAGAUUCCACCAUCUGCCUACGCAAAUGGGUUAACCGACCCCAUUGUGAGAGGGAUACACUUUGAUGCUACAGAGUUUGCGGCAGAUUUGUUUGCCGGGGAACUGCCGCAGAUAACCAAGAAGAUGAAAGCUCAGAUACCUGAUGCCUAUUCACGUCGCAUGCAGGAGGCGGUGGAUCCGAAGCCUUCGGCUUUUAACGUAAUUUGCCACGGCGAUGUCUGGCUGAAUAAUAUAAUGGUCAUCAGGGCCACCAAGCGGGCUGUUCUAUUUGAUUUCCAGAACUGCUUCUGGGGUAGUCCUGCCAUCGACCUGCACUUCUUCUUCCACACCAGCCUGCAGCAGGACUUGCUGCUUCACCAGAAGGAUGAACUCCUGCAGCACUACUUUGACGCACUCACGGAAACCCUGGAACUGUGUGGAUUCAGCGGCUCCAAGCCCACUUUUGAGCAGUUAAAGGCUGAGUGGCAGCGAUGUUUGUUUUACGGCUACUUCUCCGUCACCUGUGAACUUCCCACCUGCUGUGCCUCGGCGGAGGCCAGCGAUGGAUUCAACUGCCUCAGCUUUGCCGAUUCCGAGAAAAUGCGGGUCAGGCGCCGGUUGCUUUUCGAGAACGAGAGAGUUCGUCAAACAGUCAAAGCCUGUCUGGUGCACUUUGACCAGCAGGGAAUUCUGGAGACGCCCUAGAGGUCACUAUGGUAUUUUUAUGAUGUUUUGUGAGACAAAAAAAUACAUAUUUUGUGUAAUUUUCCAACA